UAGGCCUGCGCGCGCCGGAAGUGGCGGCGGCGGGAGCGGGAGCGCAGAGCUGUAGGCCGGCGGGGUAGCGGCCCGGAGCCGCGGGCGGGCGCGUCGGUCAUGUUUCCCUGCGGGCCCGGUAGCCCCGGAGGGGACCGGAUGGCCGGAGCCGGCACUGAGGAGCCAGCCCCGCUCGGGGAGCCGGCGGCAGCCGCCGGGCCGCUCCCUGCGCCCCUCUCGGCGCCGCCGCCGCCCGGGGCUGACGCAGCCCCUCCUCCCCUGUCGCCCUCCAGGAGCCCUCGCUCCGUCCGCAGCCCCUCGCCGCCGUCCCCCGCCGCGCGCGCCGGCGAGCCCUGGCUGGCGGGAGCCCCGAAGUCCCCCGUGGCCCCGGCCCCGGGAAAGCCGAGGUCCCCGCUCUCCCCGCCGCGCCGGCGGUCGGGGCCGGACUGCGGGGCCGGCGCCGGCCCGGGCGGCCCGGGCGCCCGGCUGUUCGGGUGGCUGCGGGAGCGCAGCCUGGGCCGCGGGCUGUUCGUGGACCCGGCGCGGGACAACUUCCGCACCAUGACCAGCCUCUAUGGCUCCAUCCACCCCGCGGACUCCGUGUACCUCAGCACCCGCACCCACGGGGCCGUCUUCAACCUCGAGUACUCGCCCGACGGGUCAGUGCUGACGGUUGCUUGUGAACAGACUGAAGUUCUGCUUUUUGACCCUAUAUCAUCUAAGCACAUAAAAACACUUUCUGAAGCCCAUGAAGACUGCGUAAAUAAUAUCAGAUUUCUUGAUAAUCGGCUGUUUGCUACCUGCUCUGAUGACACUACGAUAGCACUAUGGGAUCUGAGAAAAUUGAACAACAAAGUAUGCACUUUACAUGGUCACACUAGCUGGGUGAAGAACAUCGAAUAUGACACUAAUACAAGACUCUUAGUAACAUCAGGAUUUGAUGGAAAUGUCAUUAUUUGGGACACUAACAGGUGUACAGAAGAUGGGUGUCCACAUAAGAAAUUUUUCCACACACGUUUUCUUAUGCGAAUGAGAUUAACACCAGAUUGUUCCAAAAUGUUGAUCUCAACAUCCUCUGGGUAUCUCUUGAUUUUGCAUGAUCUUGACUUAACCAAGUCUUUAGAAGUAGGCAGCUAUCCCAUUUUGAGAGCAAGAAGAACUACAUCAAGUUCAGAUCUGACUACUUCAUCAAGUUCAUCUGGUCCUAGAGUUUCUGGUUCACCUUGUCAUCAUAGUGAUUCUAAUUCAUCUUCUGAGAAACAUAUGUCACGAGCCUCGCAAAGAGAAGGAGUUUCUCCACGAAAUAGCCUUGAAGUCUUAACCCCUAAAGUUCCUGGUGAGAGAGACCGUGGAAACUGCAUCACAUCUUUACAGCUGCACCCGAAAGGCUGGGCCACUCUUCUUCGGUGCUCAAGCAACACUGACGAUCAGGAGUGGACUUGUGUCUAUGAAUUCCAAGAAGGAGCUCCGGUACGACCUGUCUCCCCUCGCUGUUCUCUCCGCCUGACCCAUUACAUUGAAGAAGCCAAUGUAGGCAGGGGUUAUAUCAAAGAACUUUGCUUCAGCCCUGACGGGCGGAUGGUUUCUUCCCCACAUGGCUAUGGGAUUCGAUUGUUGGGAUUUGACAAACAGUGCAGUGAACUUAUUGACUGUUUGCCCAAAGAAGCCAGUCCCCUGCGGGUGAUCCGUUCUCUGUACUCUCAUAAUGAUGUUGUGCUGACGACAAAGUUCUCCCCAACACAUUGUCAGAUUGCCUCAGGGUGCCUUAGUGGACGGGUUUCUUUGUAUCAGCCAAAGUUUUAGGCACAACCCUCAACAAAAUAAGCAACUCUUCUGGUGUUUGACAUAUAAAUUGCUUCAAUUUAGGUGAAGUAUUUUCUUUUUAGAAGAUGUUAAAAGUUUGGGUCAAGACCUGAUUCUUAUGGGUCCAUGAACACACCUGUGACCUGAGGACCUGGUCGUCCAGCAUCAUAGGGGCAUUGCCAAGUUAGACUCUAUGCAGCAGCACCUUUUGCAGCAUUCCUCAGCUCCUGCUGAUCUGUGCCACUGAACCCCAGGUAUUCUGGUUAUUUUGCAUGUUACCUCUUGUUGAAUUUUUUUUUUCUUUUUUGAUUUUGGUGUGAAUUUUGUGGACAUUUGGCAGGAGUUUUGGUUGGGUUAGAAGAAAUCUGUGACACUAGAAUUAAACCCAGACAUUUGAUGUUGGCAUACUGGUAGUUGAAAAAGAAAUUUCAUCUUCCCUUACCAGUAUACUUGGCCUUUUAAAGUUGCUGUUAUGUUUCUCAAUAAUGAGCACAGAUAAUGUCUUUUAAGCUUCCUGUUAAAAUUAUACAUAUUUUUCACCAUGAGAGGGUUCUGUUGUGACAUUCUAGAAAAAAUAUUAUCACCUCUCUUUGUAAUUUACUUUACUUGUAUGAAUUUUAAAAUCUCUAGCAUGUGUCCUUACUUGGUAUUUUGUUCCUGUCAACAGCAUUAGGGAGGAAGAGGGGAGAAGGAAUGGGCUUUGGUUGUUUCUGUUGUUUAGAAGAGUAUUUAUUUAUUGGAUUAGUGCACGACCUGACCACAGAGUGAUGAGAACAAUGUGGCUCGGAUAUUCUGUUUUCUCUGCCAGAUUAUUUGAAUCACACAGGAUGACAUGUUAUAGUAUUGGGGUGGUACUCAUAUUUCUUUCAUGAGCCAAAUGGCACAAGGUCAACUCUUAGCAUUAGUGAGAAGAGAAUGGCAGUCUUCUUCAAGCUGUUGGCAUAAAUGUGGUAGUCAGUGGCUUGGAUGGCAAGACCGAGCUAAUGUGGAGACCUUUCGCUGUGUUUUGUUAUGGAGCACAGCAGGUAAAAAGCAGAUAGCCGGGCGUAGGUGGAGAAGGGGCUUUCCUCUAGUCUCCUCCACUCGGCGUGGUUUGGUAGGGGUUUGCUAGAGUGACUUAAGUCACAUGCUGGCUUCUUCCCUCUUGAUCACAUUCUCUUGGGCCAGUUGCUCUCAAACACUGGGGUACAUUAUAAUCGUUGAGGAGCUUGUGAAAAAUACAGAAAAUGCCCUUACCUUAGGAGAUUCUGAUUCUGCCAGGGAGAAGACGGGAAUCUGUAUUUUAACAGGAACACUAACCUUUAUUCAGAUGGCCCUGUUUAUAAAACACUACCUUCAACAUCAGUACAUACUUUUGUACCCAUCAGGUGCUUAACACAACUCCCAGAAGGUGUUUUGAUUAUUUUUUAAUAAUGAGUAAAUGAAAGCAAUUUUAGAGGUAGAAAAUAACAUAAAAUGGAAUCCAUUUCAUUUUUUAAGGAAUGAGAGAAAUGACUUGCCCAAGGUUAUCCGAAAACAUUAGUGGCAGGGCCAGGACUCAAAUUCAAGUCUCCUAAUUCCUUGCUCAGGGCAAUUUCUACUGUAUGAUGCUGUCUGUUAAAACAAUGACUAUGAACACUAUAUUUUGUCUUUAAUUUGUAUUAUUGUGAAUACCCUUCAACUGGCUAAGACAUCGGAAAAGGAAGGCAUGGGAGUAGAUGCUGAGAAUUCCAGCCGUAUGAAGAAAAGUAUUUUACAACUUAUAGAGAUGUCUGAGCAACCCAAAUACAUGAAUGAAAAUGACUUUCUUUUUUUGGGGGGGAGGGGGGGGAGAAACUAGGACCAACCGGACAGCCAUUCUCACAUGUAUAAAGGUUAUACCUCACUUGGAACAAUAUUGGCUCCAGGACAGAUUCUUAAAAUUAGAUCAAUUUACCAUGGAUGUUUAAAAUUUGGAAAUUUUUUAGUCAUCAAAAAAAUUAUGACAAAGUACAGUGGAAACACAGGUUUAACAUAAACUUAAAAAAAACAUUUAAAAGGAAGUUUUUGAGGCAAAAACACUUAAAUGUUAACAUUAAAAAUAAGCUACUAAGUAUGACUGUAUUGAUAAUCAAAAGAAGGUUCCAUAAAUGGCAUCCCCUUUGGAGAGAGUUCCAUGUCAGAUAAUGGGCACACACAUUGCCCAGCUCUAAACCUCAGUCAUGAUUGUUUAGCCACUAUAGGGCAUCUGUCACAUGUCAAAUAAUGGACAUCCUUUACUACUAAUCCUCACAGAAACCUUACAAGGUAGGUGGAUAAGUACAGAUUUACUUGGAGGAAUUGGAGGGUCAGAAAAUGUAAGUGAUUUGCCUUAAUCCACAGAGCUAAGUGGCAUUACUGGGAUUCAAACCCUGGUCUGUUUUAGUCCAAAGCCUGUGCUUAUUACCCUACCACUGUGCCCUUUGGUUUGUAAAGGAUGGUAUACUGGCCAGUUAAUUUACUUGUUUUGCAUCCUCUGAAGUUCUUUAUUACCGAGCUGGCUUACCUUCUGCACUAUGUAAAAGAACACUUACAAGAUUAACAGUUUCCAUUAGAAUUAAUACUAAAACUGCAGAGCAUACACACAGUCCAUUCCUAACUAAAAAACCUCAAGCAGGACAUGUAACCAGAAAAAUAGAGGAUAAAUAGCCUU